AUGGGUAGAACACUUUAUAUUGAAAACGAUCCUUUUAGGCCUAAGGAAAGUAAUGAAGAGGAUCUUGGCUCAAAAAUGUCAUACCUUAGUGCCAUUGGGGCACUCAUGUAUCUUGCUAACUAUACAAGACCUGAUAUAGCUUUUGCAGUGAAUUUACUAGCAAGAUUCAGCUCAUGCCCUAUGAAAAGACAUUGGAAAGGAAUAAAGCAUAUAUUUCGAUAUCUUCGAGGUACAUCUGAUCUUGAUUUAUUUUAUUCUAACAAUACAAAACCAGUUUUGCUUGGUUAUGCAGAUGCAGGAAAUUUGUCAGAUCCACAUAAUGCUAAACCACAAAUUGGAUAUAUAUUUACAUAUGGUAACACUGCAAUAUCACGGAAAUUGCAAAAGCAAACACUUAUAGCAACUUCUUCAAAUCAUGCUGAAGUAAUUGCCCUUCAUGAAGCAAACAAAGAGUGUAGAUGGUUACGAUCAAUAACUCGACAUAUCUAA